AUGUCGUGGAUGAAAGGAGAUUUACUUUCGAAAAGCAGGAGGCUUGUUGGUGGACUUGCUAUGCGAGAGCCUGUUUGGCUUAAAGCCAUGGAAGCAUCACCACCUCCUGUCUUUCCUCGCUCUAAUGGGAAACUCAAGAAGAUUGUUCUCCCUGAAGAUUCCUACGUUCGUAGAUUCUCCCGCAAGCAUCCUGAAGCUAAACUCGUCGAAUCCACCAAGGUUUCGGCGUUUAUUCCAGAUCCAGCUCGCGUAUAUGGUUGCCGUGUCCUUGAACUGACCAAGAACGGCAUCAGCGAGGAUGACGCCAUGUCUGUAGCUAAUAUGGAGUAUCUUGCAGAGAGAAAGGAAAAGAAGAAAGCUUACAAACGCCUAAAGGAGCUUGCGGUACUACAAGACAAGACUCCUCCUCCUAAACCCUAUCUUAGUUCCAAAAAAGAGAUGCAAAUUCAAGAGAAGAAACCCCCUACGGAUCCUCCUAGUGUCCGCAGGCUUGUUAACCAGUUGAAACAGCAGAAGGAGGUGUUGCUCCAGGACAAACCUGGAGGAAAUGCUAGUCAGGAUCAUUGGAUUGACGAAUAAACUCUCCAUCAUCCUUUCUUCUUUAUGCAACUUCUCAUCCAAUUUAUCUUACCAUAUGGUUAGAACCAAGACAUACAUUGUCUACAAAAGAUUAUUCAACAAACAAGUGUUAUUUCCAUUUGACUAUCUUUAUAAAAUAAUAUCAUUGGGUGAUUUCUUUCUUCCAUGAGGCAAGGAAUUACAUGAAAGUAAAGUAUCCUACAACCAGUUACAAAAGAUUUGUUUGCAGUUGUCACUCUAGGCCAAGAAGAGUCUUCAUUGCCUUCUUUUUGGAUACCACUUUCCCAUAAACACCCUUUCCUAGCUUCAAGACUUUCUCCAUCUCUGCAAUGUUACUACUACCACCUCCAUUCUUCUUCUUCUUCAUCCCUUCCACCACCAUCUUCAACAACCUCUCAUCACUUCCAAUGACAUCAGCGACACUGUCAACUACAACUUCCAUUGAUGGAACCUUCCUACCCCAUCUCCUCAUAAGCCUCUCUGAGUUAUAAACCUCUUCAUAAACUCCCCAAUAAGAUGCUCUCAGCAAACCUUUAUCCUUCCCUUUCACUUUCCAUCUCUUCAUCCCUUCCUCCACCAUAUAAACCGCGUUUCCUGCGUCUACGCCUCUCUCUAAACCCAUCUCAAGCUCUCUAAUCUCUUGAUUGGUAGCAGACAAGACACUCUCAAACUUGCAUCUACUGCAUUUACAACUAAACCCCCAUGACUCAGCCAUCUCUUUCCGCUUCUCCAGCGGAGAAGAAAGCACUUCGAAGUAAGCAGACGUGAUCUCUUCCCCAGCCUUGAUAUCUCUCGAGGCAUGAACAAUGGCGUAGUCUCCAACGUGAAGGCGUCUUGCGUUUGGGACACACGAGUGGUUCAUGAAUGAAGCUAGUGUCCAUAGCCCUACACCGUAAUACUCUUUGUUCUUCCCUAUAACUUUAGCUGAAACCGCAUCUUCCACCAGAGAAUUCACAUCAAGAAUGCUUAGCAGCUUCUCCAUAUCCAAAUCCUGUUUCAAGCCAUCAUAUGUUUCAAAUGCUUCAGGCCUAAAGAGAGAUAUAUCUGGAAUCUCCAGGCUAUCUUCCUCUUCUCCAGUAGAUAAACUCGAGACAAGUCUUCUUGUUCUGUCACAUCUCCUCACAGAUUUAGUAACUUCUUCCACAAAGUUCUUCCACAUAAUCAUCUGCGCUUUUUCACCAGACUCCUCACUUCCUAAGAUCCCUCUCUCAGUAGCAACUCCCUUAGUGACAAAGAUCAAAGUUCCUACAACAAUGUUCUUCGUUGCAAACAAUCCACGCCCACUAACCUCAGACUUCUUAAUCUCAACCCACCCAAUGAACUCAGCAAGCUCCGGAGUUUUCCCACGAAACCCACUUAGGAUCCAAUCAGAGAGAUCGAAAGCUCCAGUCUUUGCCUGAAACUCGAGCUUCUUGCACUUCUCCAUGUACACAGUUACACUCUCACUAGCUUGUGGGUCUAACAGAGCCGUUUUAAAACACUCCAAGGCCGAUGAGUAUUUGCUCAACCCUAGCAAGACUUUACCUUUACAAAGAAGAGUCUUGGAAUGUGUGUUUUCGAGCUCGAGCGCUUGAUCACAAUCCCGUAUUGCUUCCGAGGAGUCGUGAAGCCUUGCUCUGGCUUCAGCUCGGUUGCAUAGAGCCAAGCAGAGUGAUUUCUUGAGCUUGGGAAUUGAUUCCCGGUCGGAUCCGGAAAGCUUUGUGAUUUGGCUUUGGGAGAGAUCGAUGAACUUUGUGUAAAGGUGGAUAGACUCUUCCCACUCUUCCCGGAGAAGAAGCUCCGUUGCUUUGGAUCUGAGGCUCUGCAACAGCUCCGGUGAUCCUUGUGGAUCUUCUUGUUGCUCAAAUUGCUCUCCCUCCAUGUGUUGAUUUCUUGAAAAUUAA